AUGAUGGGCAGCCAGGCCUGGCUGGACUCAUCCCUGCGGCGCUCGGCCAGUCUGGGUCUGGAGGUUCUGGAGCGCGCCUCCAGGAGGAGCGUGGACUGGACCGGCUGUGGUGCCUCCCAGAGCGGCUCUGCCACAGAUGAAGACACACGGAUCCAUGUGAAGAGAAGCCACAACGAGCUUCAUGAUGCAUUUGCAGCCGUCACAGAGUUCAUGGCACAGACCACCUGCGUGUGCAAGAGGUUCUAUGAGUCUGGCUGUUGCGCUGAGCCCAAUGAUGCUGAGAGGACACACGUGUCCAGGUUCCACAGACAAGCAGCUGCUGUGAGGACGACGCCUGCAGAACCGAGCAGGACACGGGCUCAUGUGUCAACAGCAGGUGAGGACUUCUACAUGGAGGUUGCUCCGGGGACGUACGUCGUCACCGCCAGCCUCCCUGAGUCACAGCGGCAGACGCAGCUGGUUAGAGUCAAAGCCGGAGAGAGCGUCAACCUCACCUUCAUCCUCUGAAGCUUCAGCGACCAGACAGGUUGUCAUCAGAUUCAAUCCCAGAUCUGUGCUCUGUGCUUUAUUGCUCGCUUCAUAGACUUCACAUUUUAUUUUGGUAAUAGAAGCUUUUGUUUGCUGCACCAUGAGAAGCCAUAUUUAUGAAGAGUAUUUUAUAAUGUGGAUUUUAUUGAAAGCUGAGCAUCAUGUGAUGCACUAAUGUUUACCUGCCACAUCAGUAUAUCAAAAUAAAGUGUUUUUAACUAAA